CUACUGCUGGGCUACUGGCUGCACGGGCGCAGGCAUCCGAAGCUACAGCACUAUCCACGAUAUCGAGCAACGAGACCCAGCCAAGCCCGGAGCAGCCACCGUCUCUGCUCCCACCAGCACCGAGCUGCGCAUCGCCUGACGCGCCCAUCGCCUACAGCCACCCUCGACGGCAUCAUGGCGUCGCUCUAUCGCAUGGCCGGCUGCGGCGCCCGGCGUCUCCAGCACUUCGCCGCCGCCGCGCCCUCCCGGAUAUCCUCCUUCCGGCCCUCGACCACCACGCCCGUUGCGCGCCGCGCCCUCUCCCAGACUGCCCUGCGCCGGGCCGUCGCCAUCGACCCCAACGCCCGCACCACAAUCGUCCCGACCGAGGGCGUCGAUGAGUCCUACGAGCAGGAGCACGAUGUCGCCACCCGCAAGGUCCGCCACUACACGGUCAACUUUGGUCCCCAGCAUCCCGCUGCCCACGGCGUGUUGCGUCUGAUCCUUGAGAUCAGCGGAGAGGAGAUCAUGCGUGCCGACCCCCAUGUCGGCCUGCUGCACCGUGGCACCGAGAAGCUCAUCGAGUACAAGACCUAUCUCCAGGCUCUGCCCUACUUCGAUCGUCUGGAUUACGUCUCCAUGAUGACCAACGAGCAGUGCUUCUCGCUGGCUGUCGAGAAGCUCCUCAACGUUGAGAUUCCCGAGAGAGCCAAGUAUAUCCGCACACUGUUUGGCGAGAUUACAAGAAUCCUCAACCACCUUAUGUCUGUCCUUUCACACGCCAUGGACGUCGGUGCCCUGACACCAUUCCUGUGGGGUUUCGAGGAGCGGGAGAAGCUCAUGGAGUUCUACGAGCGUGUCUCUGGCGCCCGUCUCCACGCCGCCUACGUCCGCCCCGGUGGUGUCCACCAGGAUAUCCCUGUCGGUCUCCUCGAUGAUAUCUACCAGUGGGCCACCCAGUUCGGCGACCGGAUCGACGAGACUGAGGAGAUGUUGACGGACAACCGUAUCUGGAUCGAGCGUCUCCAAGGCAUUGGUGUUGUCUCGGCUGCCGAUGCCCUCAACCUGUCCUUCUCUGGUGUCAUGCUUCGUGGAUCGGGUGUCCCCUACGACAUCCGCAAGAGCCAGCCCUACGAUGCUUAUGACAAGGUCGAGUUCGACGUCCCGGUCGGUGUCAAUGGCGACUGCUACGAUCGUUAUCUCUGCCGCAUGGAGGAGUUCCGUCAGUCAUUAAGAAUCAUCCACCAGUGCCUCAACGACAUGCCCGCUGGCCCUGUUCGUGUCGAGGACUACAAGAUCUCGCCCCCUCCCCGCGCCGCGAUGAAGGAGAACAUGGAGGCCCUGAUCCACCACUUCCUCCUCUACACCAAGGGUUACUCGGUACCACCGGGAGAGACUUACUCUGCUAUCGAGGCUCCCAAGGGAGAAAUGGGCGUCUACGUCGUCAGCGAUGGCAGUGAGAGACCAUACCGGUGCGCUAUCCGUGCUCCCGGUUUCGCUCACUUGGGUGGUUUCGACCACGUUGCCAAGGGCCACUUGCUUGCCGACGCCGUGGCGGUCAUUGGUACUAUGGACUUGGUGUUUGGUGAGGUUGAUAGAUGAUCGGGCCCUUUGGAUGGCGGAAAGAGUGAAUAAGGAGACGAGGUCGGUGGAUAUCUGGUUCUGCCAGAUAGUCGUUUAGUGGUGGAGAGGAUGGGAGGAUGAGCACUCCUCCCGUGACGCAAAUCGCAUGUGGUUUCAUUGACCCCUUUCAGCUUUGUCAAAAAUGUGUACAUCAUCAUCAGAGGCAGGCUCAUACCAGCAGAACCAUCUCGGACUGGCCCAUUGCUUGGAUUGGUCUGAGCGUGAAUAGAAAUGAAGAAAUUUGACAACUUUGAGAGAGGGAGACAGCCAAGAUUUGCCAAGUAAAAACAGCAUGAUACUUUCUGAUAAAACCCUUUGGUUUGUCCGUGGCGAAAAUGAUGUGGUAGCCGUACUCGCCUGGCGGGCUGUAUUCACUGCUGUGAAUGAUCCACGGUUCGCGUUUAAGAAGAUUCAUUUGUGCGCGAGGCUGAUUCCCUGAGGCUAGGCAGCCUCAGACAACAUGCCUCAAAGUCGC